GAAAUGACGUAAGGACCUCUGCCAGUACCGGGGAAACGGGAUCGGCCAGGACAGCGCAAGUUCCACAUGCCCCCGGUCUCCCAGCAGGCCUUAGCGUCUCGAGUCUCCGGCCAGCCUGGGUUGUGAGCCCGCGUGCCUACCCUCCGGCCCCACUUUACGGACGGAGCCAUGUCUAGGAGUGGAGAUGCAGCCACAGUGGACGGAAACAAGUCAAAGAUGAGAGUGAUCCGUGUGGGUACUCGAAAGAGCCAGCUGGCAAGGAUACAGACGGACAGUGUGGUAGCAAUGCUGAAAGACAUCUACCCUGGUCUGCAGUUUGAAAUCAUUGCAAUGUCCACCACUGGGGACAAGAUCCUGGAUACUGCACUCUCUAAGAUUGGAGAGAAAAGCCUGUUCACUAAGGAGCUGGAGUAUGCCCUGGAGAAGAAUGAAGUGGACCUGGUUGUACAUUCCCUGAAGGACCUGCCCACUGUACUGCCCCCAGCCUUCACUAUUGGUGCUGUCUGCAAGCGGGAGAGCCCCUAUGAUGCUGUUAUCUUCCACCCUAAGUAUACUGGACAGACCUUGGGUACCCUGCCAGAGAGAAGUGUGAUAGGGACCAGCUCCCUUCGAAGAGCAGCUCAGUUGCAGCGAAAAUUUCCACAUCUGGAAUUCAGAAGUAUUCGAGGGAAUCUCAAUACUCGGCUUCGAAAGCUGGAUGAACAACAGGAAUUUAGUGCCAUCAUCCUGGCAGCAGCUGGACUGCAACGUAUGGGUUGGCAGAGUCGUGUAGGACAGCUCCUGUAUCCUGAAGAGUGUUUGUAUGCGGUGGGCCAGGGCGCCCUGGGUGUUGAGGUUCGAGCCAAGGACCAGGAAGUGCUGGAUUUGGUUCAAGUGCUACAUGAUCCUGAGACAUUGCUGCGAUGCAUUGCUGAAAGGGCCUUCUUGAGGCACCUGGAAGGAGGUUGCAGUGUGCCCGUGGCAGUUGAUACAACCCUCAAGGAUGGGCAGCUAUACCUGACUGGAGGUGUAUGGAGUCUGGAUGGCUCAGAUAGUCUGAAGGAAACCAUGCAGACAACCAUCAAUGACUCAGCCCAGCAUGAAGAUGGCCCAGAGGAUGAUGUGCAGAGGGUGGGCAUCACUGCUCAGCAUAUAUCUCAGGGAGUCCAAAGGGCAGCCGAAAACUUGGGUAUCAGCCUUGCCAACCUGCUGCUGAACAAGGGAGCCAGGAACAUCCUGGAUGUAGCAAGACAGCUCAAUGAUGCCCAUUAACCUAGCUUUGUGGACAUUUUCUGUCUAGCUGUCAAGUUUGUUCUGGGGUGCCCUAAACAUUUCCCUUACUGAGCAGGAACCAAUCCCCUGGGCACAAAAACUGCAUCAUCCAGGACUCAGGUGUGGGGAAGGGGCCCUAUUGCUGCUAAGCAUACUAGUGCCUUGUUCUGGCCCCUUUUAUUCAAGGGACUGGAAGAUUGUUUUCUGUGGUAUCAAAGACAUUGAAUGUAACCAAAUCUGUCAAUAAAACACCUCAAGCAAA